GUCACGCGCUGUGCGACGGAUGUCAGUGCUGCCUGAGGAGGUGACCCCUGAGUUACCGCAGGAUGGGUGCUCACCUGGUCCGGAGAUAUGUGGGGGAGCCGGAGCCUGACCCCCAAAACAUGCCGGCAAGUCCCCAGGAUAGCGGAUUAAAGGAGAGGGUAAUGGUCGCCUCUCAGGAACAACUUAAUCUGGCCCAAAUCCCAGUGGAUCAAAGGGAUUAUUGCGCUCAUCAUCUCAUGAAGUUUUUGAAGUGUAAGAGAGACAUGUGGCCAAACUUCUUGGCUUGCAAACACGAGCGACAUGAAUGGGACCUCUGCGAGCACGAAGAUUAUGUUCAGAGAAUGAAGCUGUAUGAACGUGAACGGCGUCUGAUGGUGCGCAAAAAGAAGCAAGAGCAGAUGGAAGCAGCUUAACCUUCUACAUGCAUUCAGAACUUAAAAGGAACACUUUCUUGUUUCAUUGUCCUUGUCAAUAAAGUUAUUUUUUUUUU